AGAUUAAAAAUGGUCAAACCUUUAGUACUCUUAUUGCUGCUAGUUUUGAUAUCCUGUGUCUAUUCUCAGAGAAAUUACCGGUUGCCAACAAACGUUGUUCCCUCUAGCUAUAAAAUAAAUUUAGGCUUUUCUGAAGCCAACCUUGCAGCCACCAAUGAUGAUUACAACGGAAAUAUAGCCAUUACCAUAAAUGUAAAAGAACCUAUUUCAGAAAUACAACUACAUUCAGCAUCUACAAUAAGAAUAGUGGAUAACACAAUUAAAUUAAAUGAUAUAGAAAAAAACUACAGAUAUGAUGGUGUUACCGAAAUUUUAACAAUAAUGAGUGAUACAAAUAUCGAACCGGGAAAUUAUGAGUUGGUUAUGAGUUUUAUUGGAACAAUAAGCAAAACAGAUAUGUUUGGAAUUUAUAGAAGCAGUUACCAAGAUCAAGAUGGUAUUACAAAAUAUCUUCUGGCUACGCAGUUUCUACCAACGUAUGCUAGAAGAGCUUUUCCGUGUUUUGACGAACCUGCCUUUAAGGCCACUUUUUCACUUUUGUUUACUACUUUUGCAUUACCAGUUUCCGUCAACAUACGAACGAAUACAAAGCAGACACAAAAUUCAGCGGGAACAACAUACUUUGCUCCAACACCAGUAAUGUCAUCAUAUUUGGUAGCAUUUAUAAUUUCAGAAUUUGAUUGCUCACCUGCAACAAUAAUAGAUGGUGUCGAAAAUAGUAUCUGUUCGAGGAAAAUGACUAUUGAACAAAGAAAUUGGGCGACAAACAUAACUCCAAAAAUUUUAAAUGCGUUGAACCAAUACACAGGUAUUAAUUAUAAUAGUACCAUCGACAAAUUAGAUCAAGUAGCUAUACCAGACUUUGCUGCUGGAGGUAUGGAAAACUGGGGAUUGGUAAUAUACAGAGAAACCAGUCUGUUGUAUGACUCUUUUGAAUCUACUAACCUUGAUAAACAGAAUAUAGCCAUGACACUAUCCCACGAAAUUGCCCAUCAAUGGUUCGGAAAUUUAGUAACAAUGCAAUGGUGGUCAGAAAUAUUUUUGAACGAAGGUUUUGCCGAUUAUUUUGAAAAUAUGGCGACACAUUUGGUAUUACCUAACUGGCAAAUAGACCGUCAAUAUGUGAUUAAAACAGUUCAAAAAGCCUUAAGAACAGAUGAUGGAAAUGCUUUGGCACUUCAGCAUGAUGUUUCUUCACCAACAGAAAUUUUACUGAUGUUCAAUUCUUUAACUUAUUCAAAAGGUGGAAGUGUCAUUCGCAUGGUAGAACAUAUUUUGGGUGGAGAUAGAUUUAAAGAAGGAUUAACAACAUAUCUGACGACUUAUAAAAAUGGGAAUACGCUACCUGAAAAUUUAUGGGCAAGUCUGCAAUUACAUGUAAACGAUAUGUAUUCCAUCUUACCAGACAAUUUAAAUCAGAUCAUGGAGAACUGGAUAAAGCAACCAGGUUUUCCAUUAUUGACAGUUACUGUUGACAAUGGAGAAGUCACUAUCAGUCAGAAACAAUUUACGGCCAAGAGUUCACCAACGCAAUGGUAUGUUCCAAUUAGUUAUACAACCUCGGUGGAAGCAAAUAAAUUCCAAUCGACAAAACCACAAGAAUGGUUAAUACCAGGUGUUGAUCUAAAAUUUAAAAUAUCCCAAAAUGCCCAAUGGAUUAUUUUAAACAAUCUUCAAACUGGCUACUACAGGGUGAACUACGAUUCCAAUACUUGGAAUGCAAUUGAAAUGGCUUUGAAAGAAGAUAAUUUCAGUAACAUUGACGAAUUGAACAGAGCAGGAAUAGUUGACGAUUUGUUCAGUUUGGCUAAAUUGGAUGCCAUUCCAUACUCAAGAGUAUUUCAGCUUUUGGACUUUUUGAAACAUGAUGUUUCUUAUAUCUCUUGGACUCCUGCUUUUACGGGAUUUAGUUACUUACUUGACAGAGUUAGAUUGACACCUGAUUUGGAUCGAUAUAUAUCGACACAUCUUCUCACCAAUAUAGCAGCUCUUUAUGACUCUACUCCAUUCGACAGAAUAGAACCAGAUGAUCAGAUAUACAGUUUGAAGCAAACUGACGCAUUAACUUUUGCUUGCAAUUUGGGUAACAAAGAUUGCGUUCAAAAGGCAACGGAAUCUUUCGCAAGAUAUAGAGAAACUUUUGUGAAGCCAAAUCAAAAUCUAAGAAAAAUAAUUUACUGUACCGCUUUAAGAGAAAGUACUAAUGAUACAGAUUGGAGAUUCCUGUGGGAAAAAUACACGCUUGCAUUGUUGUCGUCAGAACAAGCUUUGUUGCUUUCAUCUUUAGCCUGUACUAAGAAUGAGACACAUCUUAGAGAAUUACUGGAAGCAUCUCUGACGGAAUCCAUUAGAGCACAGGAUAAGUUAAGUGUUUUUGUUUAUGUUCUAAAGAACCCCUAUGGAAUUGAGGUGGCAAGAAGCUUUUUGAAAGAAAACUACGAUAGAAUUUCCGAACAGUAUCCAGCAGUAAAUUCACAUUUCUCUAUUCUAGAGAUAUUAGCCAGCAAAGUGACUAAUCAAGCAGAACUGGACGAGACUCUAUGUUGUACAAUAUUUUAUAGCACAA